CAUCACUCCACACCUCCCCUCGCCACCCAUCAGGCUCUCCUCAUCGCUUCAUCUCUUCAUCUCUUCAUCUCCACGCCCCCCACGCUACCUCUCCACUCCUCGAUCGCUGUCCCGCGCUCGACGUCACCACCCUGUGCCUCUCAGGGCCCCACGUGCGCGCUUCCCACUCGCGGCGAUUUGUUGACAUGACCGCGUCGAGUGCGCCGAGACGAUAACGACGUCCGCCUGUUCAUCUGUCUGUCUCACACUCACUCGUACUCCGGCGCUCCUCCACAUCUCCUCACUCCCCACCCUCAUCGCCCUCCCCUCCCCGCCCCCGCAUUCCGCACUCGGACCCAUCGCGCCACUAUCCGAGCACCUUCCCAUUCACACCUCACUCCACCGCCAUGGCGUCCACGCCCAUACAGAGGGUGGUGCCGCCCGCCGAGGCCAAAACGCCAGAGUACGCACUCGACGACGAGGGCCGCUCGACGCCCGUGAACGCGUACCCGUACGCGAACGGCGGCUUCGUUGGUCCCUCAAAUGGAAACGGGCUCGCCGAGCAGGUGCCGCUGCUCUCGCCGACGCCGCGGCUUGCGGCUCCCGUCCCCCCGGUCAGUCGCGCGGGCUCGGCAGCGAGCGACCGGAGCGGGCGCGGCAUCCUGCGGCGCAUAUUCAUCGAUCGCAUCGGCACGCCGUCGCAGCACCUCUUGCGCCCGACGUUCCCGCCAGUCUCGCUCUCGACGUACUCGCCCGUACCCGUCACGCCGAUGUCCUACUGGGACUGGGUGCGGCUCGGUGUCCGCCAGACGAUCAGCCUCGUCAUUUCGACCAUCUUCCUCGUCGGCGUCGUGAUAUGGGCUUUCGCUGCUGAGGCUCUCAUGCUGCUCCCCAACUGGCUCAGCCCGCCCGUCAGGCCCAAGUACGACUGGGACGACGCAGAGUACUGGACCAAGGCCGAUGCCAAGGUCAGCAAAGAGCCGCAGUACUACGCCCGCCAGAUCGGCAUGGACAUCGAGAACCAGACGGUCGAGACCGAAGACGGGUUUUAUCUGAGAAUGCACCGCGUCAUCGACCCCGACGCACGCCCACACGCCGACGGGCGCGGCGGCUUCCCCGUGCUCAUCCUCCAUGGCCUGUUCCAGUCCUCGGGCUCCUUCGUCACGUCCGAGGAGCGCUCGCUCGCCUUCUGGCUCGCAAAACAGAAAGGGUAUCAGGUAUACCUGGGGAACACGCGCGGCGUGUUCGACAUGGGGCACCGGAGCUACUCGCGCAGCGACCCGCGCUUCUGGGACUGGACGAUACGCGACUUGGCCAUGUACGACCUCCCCGCACUCGUAGACCACGUGUGCCGCGAGACGGGCUACGACAAGAUCGCGUUUAUCGGACACUCGCAGGGCAACGGGCUGACGUUCAUCUCGCUCUCGCUCGGCAUGGUGCCGAACCUCGGCAAGAAGUUGAGCGUGUUCAUCGCCCUCGCGCCGGCGGUAUAUGCGGGUCCCCUGACGCACGGCUUCCCGUUCACGGCGCUGAACCGUCUCGAGUGGCCGGCGUGGAAGCGCUUCUUCGGCGUCCUCGACUUCAUCCCCCUCAUGCGCUGGGCGUACGACUACUGCCCCGCCCGGAUCUUCGCGACGUUGGGUUACAUCAUGUUCGCGUUCCUCUUCCGCUGGACGGACGCCAACUGGCUUCUGCGCCGCAAGACCAAGAUGUUCCGCUUCACGCCGACGCCCGUCAGCUCGGCGUCCAUCUUUUGGUGGUGCGGCAAAGGCGGGUUCGCAGACCGCAAGUGCACGCUCGACGACAGCCUCGAACGGUGGUACGACGAGCGGUUCCCCCCGCUCUCGAUCUACCAUGGCGGGCGCGACUACCUCGUGCUCUGUGAGCCGUUGCUCGAGCGCCUCAAGAACAAGGAGAAGGACGUGCGCGUGCUCAAGGUCACCAAGCUGGACGUGAGCGAGCACUGCGACUUCUAUUGGGCGGCGGAGGCGGUCGAGUGGGCGUACGAGUCGUUUGUUGACGAUAUUGAGCGUACACGGCCACGAUACCCUGAAGAAGAGGGGUAUGUCGCGGACGAGCACGAGCAUGUAGACUUGGAGCUGUAGAACACUGGGAUGAAUACAUAGACGACCA